AGGUCAUGACCGACUGGAGCGUGGACUUGACCACGAGCUUCGAGGCGGGAGAUGCAGAGAAGGGCGCAAGGCCCUCGCCAGAGCCCGACAGCUCUGGGACGUCGGAGCUCGGGGACUUCGAGCUGAACUAUCUGCACCAGAUCUACCAGUCGCCCGAAGACUUCACUCCCUGCGAUGAAGACUUCCUCCUCUACGACGAGACGAAACCUGCUCCCCAGUGCAUCAGCGAGGAGGCAGAGUCUCCGCAAGAGGCUGCCUGGCUCCAGACUACCAUCUCUCUUUCUGACUCCAUGGAAGGGAACGAGUCACCAGCGGCGGAGGAGAGCAAGGGAGCUGAGAAACCAGCAGCACCAGCGCCUGCACCCAGCAGCGCGAGCACCAGCCUGGCUGCACAUGAACGACCAGCGCCGACGUCCCUUCCGAUGCAGCCUCAGCCCUACGUGUACAACCUCAAUGGCAGCAAGAAGCGCAAAGAGCCCGAGAGGUUGCCUGCCCUCCUGAAGAGGCCUGAGCCCACCACAGCAGAGGUCAAUCAGGCCAACGAGAUCCUGGCGACGCUGGGAGGAAGAGAUCCGAGCAGCUUGACCCCCGAUGAGCAGAAGCUGCUCAAGAAGCAGAAGAGGCUGAUCAAGAACAGGGAGUCCGCACAGCUCUCUAGGCAGAGGAAGAAGAACCACCUCGAGGCCCUGGAGAUGCAGGUGCAGCAGCUGGAGAAGGAGCGGGCGGCCCUGACGCUCAGGAUGGAGCAUCUGAUUGAAGAGAACGCUUUCCUCAAGAAGCAGCUGAUGGGUCAGGGUCGACUUCCUCCCACUCCAGCACAAACCUCAACUCUGCCGGCGACUCCCCUGACAGUCAAGCCCAUACAAGCCGCAAGCUCCAAGACUUCCAAGGGGUCGAUUGCCCUGGCAGUUGUUCUCAUUGCUGGCAUGUGCUUCUCCUCUGUCGACAUCGUGCAGGAGCGCCUCCCUCAGCUCUACGUGCCUCGCUCGUCAGCUGUCGAGUUCUCAGGCAUCCCCUACCCCGACAGCGAUCAUGGACGGAAAGGAGGACGUGUACUCCUGUCUGUGGCUCCAGAUGAGGACACGAGGAACGCGUACACCCUGGACAAGAAGCAGCUCCUGAUCGUCACACUGCUCGACCAUCUCGUCGGGCAGAUCCACGCCCCCGCAUCCUUGUUCUCACGCCUGUGUUACAAGCUUGCUGACAUGGAGGUGUUGUCAAACUGCGACUUCCUGUCAGACAUCGAGAGCGUGAGGCGUCGAUACCUCGCUGAGUUCAAGGAGUUGAACGAAGAGUUCGUCAAAGACAAGGAUGAGGUUCAUGUUGAUGCCGAGUUCACCUUCGCUACCUCCAACGCACUGACUAAGAGCAUCGAUGCUGUCCCCACGCGCUACCGCACCAUGCCACUCCCGGGCUCUCCCUCCUCCAACGCGCUCAGAGAGCUGCUCAAGAGCAAGGCAGCAGGCAGCUUCCGCAGCGACUUCAACGUGCUCUGCCCCGAGGCUCAGCUGCUCAUCGCGGACAAGCCUGCAAAUGACAUGAGCGUAAGUGCCCGACUCAUCCGCAAGCAGAGCAAGCCGCUGUCUCCUGUAAGGAAUGGUACAGCUGACGAGCUUCGGACGGAGCACAUCGCCUCCAAGGAGGACGGCAAGCUUUCUUCAGCUCUCUCAAUGAUUCUUCCUAGAAACAUCCUCGACUCUCAGAGCUUUGCCGAGUACUUGCCAAAGCAGCUUUCGCCGCUGGUCGAGGUCCAGUGCUCUUCUUUCAACCUCCAUCCUCUCUUCCCCAACUCCAUCUCCCUUUCGGGAGCCUGAGACUGUGAUAGUGAUAGUGAUAGUGAUCAGAUAGUGAUAGUCUUGCGAGGAAGACGUCGAUGUAGAAGUACUAGAAACCCUGUAGAUAAACUUGUUCGAAUUCAG